GACAUUUAACGGUUAUUUUUAGUCUCUGAUAUUCUUUUUUUCAACUAUGGCAAAUAAGACUGAUCCACAAUCUAAUUUUUUUAUUGACUUCAUGAUGGGAGGUGUUUCUGCUGCUGUUGCAAAAACAUCUGCUGCUCCUAUCGAACGAGUUAAACUUUUAAUUCAGAAUCAAGAUGAAAUGAUUAAGUCAGGGCGUCUUUCUCAGAGAUAUACUGGAAUCAUCAAUUGUUUCUCAAGAACUGUUAGGGAUGAAGGUGUUAUUUCUCUUUGGAGAGGCAAUACUGCAAAUGUCUUACGUUAUUUCCCAACUCAAGCUCUUAAUUUUGCUUUUAAAGAUAAAUUUAAAAAAAUGUUUGGAUUCAAAAAAGAUAGAGACGGUUAUUGGCCUUGGUUCUUCGGUAAUCUUGCUUCUGGGGGUUGUGCUGGUGCUGCCUCUCUUCUUUUCGUUUAUUCUCUUGAUUAUGCUCGUACUCGUUUAGCUAACGAUGCUAAAUCGGUUAAAAAAGGCGGCGAACGUCAAUUCAACGGUUUAAUCGAUGUUUACAAAAAAACCCUUGCUUCUGACGGUAUUCGUGGUCUUUAUCGUGGUUUCGGCCCCUCCGUUGCUGGUAUCAUUGUUUAUCGUGGUCUUUAUUUCGGACUUUACGAUUCUGUUAAACCCGUCGUUCUGACCGGCCCUCUCGAAGGUAGCUUCAUCGCUUCCUUCAUCCUUGGUUGGAUCGUCACUACCACUUCUGGCCUUGCUUCUUAUCCAAUUGAUACUGUUCGUCGUCGAAUGAUGAUGACUUCUGGCGAAGCCGUCAAAUAUUCUUCUUCUCUUCAAGCCUUUUCUCAAAUAAUUAAAAAUGAAGGCUUCAGAAGUCUUUUUAAAGGCGCUGCUGCUAAUAUACUCAGAGGUGUUGCUGCUGCCGGUGUCAUCUCAAUGUACGAUCAACUUCAAAUGAUUGUCUUCGGCAAAAAGUAUUCUGGCGGUUCCGCCUAAUUCUUUUAUUUUUAUACUUAUACAAAAUACGACUCUUUCCGCUUUU